AUGGACAGAUGGACAUGGCACGGACACGGCAUGGACAGACAGAUGGACGGACACGGCUGGACAGAUGGACAUGGCUGGACAGAUGGACACGGCACGGACGGACAGAUGGACACGGCGUGGACACAGCAUGGACAGACGGACGGACAGACACGGCUGGACAGAUGGACACAGCACGGACACGGCAUGGACAGACGGACGGACGGACACGGCUGGACAGAUGGACAUGGCACGGACAGACGGACACGGCACGGACACAGCACGGACAGAUGGACACGGCACGGAUGGACGGACACAGCAUGGAUGUGGGAGGGACAGGGACGGGGACAGCGCCGCACCGGGACCCGCCUGACCAACACCCACGGACAGACGGACACGGCAUGGACAGAUGGACACGGCACGGACAGACGGACACGGCAUGGACAUGGCUGGACAGAUGGACACAGCAUGGACAUGGGAGGGACAGGGACAGGGACAGGGACAGGGACAGGGACAGGGACAGGGACAGGGACGGCGCCACACCAGGACCCGUCUGAUGGACACCCACGGACAGACGGACACGGCAUGGAUGGACAGAUGGACACGGCUGGACAGAUGGACACAGGAUGGACAGGGACGGGCCAUGGACACCCAGAUCCACCUGAGGGACAUCCAGGGUGGACACAGGGUGGACUCAGGACAAGGACAAGGACAAGGACAGGGGACAGGGAUGGUCCCUGGCGGUGCCCUGGGAAGGCCCCGUGGAGGCCCCCGCAAUGUCCCGGAGCUCGCAGGAUGGGCAGUGGCCGGACAGAGCCACGGCCCCGGGGUCAGUUCAGGCCCGGGGGUCAGUUCGGGCCUUGGGGGUCAGUUCAGGCCCCAGGGGUCAGUUCGGGCCCGGGGUCAGUUCAGGCCCCAGGGGUCAUUCGGCCCCAGGGGUCAGUUCGGGCCUGGGGGGCUGCCGCCAUGAUGGGUAUGGCGGCCGCCAUGAUUGGUGUGGUGACCGCCAUGAUGGUUGUGGCAGCCUCCAUGACAGGAGUGGUCGCUUCACCGUCAGGCCAGGCCGUGUCUCCCGGACUAACGGGACACGCCCCCGCCCCACGGGUCCGUCCCGGCCGCUCCGGAGCCGCCACAACCCCGGUACCGGCGCCUGAAGCGCCGCCCUGCCCACACUCAAGAUGGCGCCGCGCUCUGAGUCCUCACAGGACCCCUCAACAUGGCGGCGCCCAUCGCUGCGUCAGUGACGUCAUUCUAGUUCCGGCACGGGCCGGAAGUGGCGCGGCCAUGGCGGCGCGGAGCUCCCGGGGCUGGUGA